CAGGAUAUGGCAACACAUUUAAAUUAACUCAACGCAGCCGGUAUUUUUAAAAUUUCUGUUUUUGUACUCGUUGGUAGGCGUGAUGGUGCUAUUUAAUAUUAUGGAAGAUUGAUUUCAACAUCAAAAAUUAUUGUUUUAGCAGUUUGAAUUUAUUUUGUAACUUUUAGUUUUCUUAUAUUCGUGUUUCAUUUCGCGUUUUCAUUAUGGAUUUAGAUGAUUCAUUUACUGAAAAAUUACUGCAGCGAAAUAAGGAAAGAAGACAAUUUAUAAGCAUUAAAGAAAAUGAAUGUCCAGGUGUUGUAAUCAAGAGACGUCCAGCUCUAAUUGAUGAACAACAGAUCAGAAAUCAAGAAACUUUAGAGGUGUCGCCCAAGAGAUCUUUAGAUGAUGAAGCAGAUGAUUCUCCUAAGAGACAAUGCAUUGAAAGAUGUGAAGGAUCCCCAAGUCGACAAUGGCCACCCAAACAAACCAAAUGGGAGAAGGAAAAUAAUCCAUCAAGAAAUAGUUCAGAGGAGUCAUUCAUUCCAUUUAAAGCAUCACUGAAAGAAAGAGGUUUAGCUGCUUUGCGGAAAAAAGAUAAUUCUGAUUCGGACAUCACUGCCAGUGGUUUGACAUCUAAAGCUGAAGUUGGCGAUAAUCAAAAAUAUAUAUUUUCUACAAAUAGUAGUGACUUGUGUUCUGGCCGUAAAGCUAGAUUGGCUCAUUUAGCUGCACAUAUCAACCAGUGGGAGGAUGACCUUCAUAGACCAACUGACUCGACCAAUUUUGUGGCCGCUGCUCGCUCCAAGCUUUCUUCAGUUGAUACACCAGAUUCUGUGAGUACUACUUCAAACCUGCUCCCAGGUGCCUCUUCGACACUUUCAGAGAAUGUUUCCAAAAUUGAUGUUAAGCCCAAUGUGGCUGUUGCUUCUGUGUCAAAACCUGGAUUGCUUUCACCUUCAAAAAUAAAGAACUUUGAUAAUAGUUCAAAAUCAGUUAAAAACAAGUUGGGUGUUUGGGAUCAAGCUAUUAAAGCAGCAUUGGAGAGUGAAGAUAUUGGUAAACCUCCCAAAAAAAGACUAAAUGAAAAUAGAGAAUUUAUCGAAGAAGAUAGACCUGUUAAUAAAAAUUCUUCAAAUAAUUCUGUAAAGAGUUCUCUUCAACAAUUCAAAGAUAAACAUGUAAAGGAGGAUUUGAACAGAAGCUUUGAUCCCACUGACCUUCCAUUGUCUGCCCGCAGAGCUCUGUUUGAACAGGCCUCUCAAUUGGAAAAUGCAAAGCCUAAAGAACAUUCUUUUGAGCCCAAGCUCUCUGUUGCACAGCGAGCGGCUUUGUUUGAAAAUGCAUCUCAGAGAAGCUUAGUCUCAAAACCUCUAGCACAUACUGCAAAAAAUAUAUCGCCUCAAAAGCCAAAUACAAUGGCUAGUAUCAAUGCAAGAAGUCCAUUGAAGACUCUGCUUACACCUGAAAAGACACCGAAACAAGAAAGCACAAAAGUUUUGGGUUCUCCUAUUGUAAAAGCUUCCCCUAUCAAAAAGAUUAAUACUGACACACAGGCUGUUGAAAAGAUGCUGCUAGCCAGAGUAAACAGCAAAAUGCAAAUAGAGGAAAAUGUAAGUGAACAAGAAGAAGUGAAAGAUAAAGCUGAGUUAGUAAAUUAUUGGGAAAAGCUCUCUGCUUCUUCUAAGUCUGGAAAUAGUCAUUCUGAAGAAGAUAUAACUGAGAAACAAGAUAUUCCAGAAAGUGAUAUGUAUCAAUCUGAAGAUGAUCAGGAUGGUUAUGAAAGUGAAACCGAAUCAAAAUAUGAGAGAGAAUCGGAGUCAGAAUUUAAUUACAAUACAGAAAUCACAGAAACGGAAUAUAGUGAAUCUGAUCAUGAAAGUGAUUCCCCGUCCGAAAAUGUCUUCAAAUCGCCCAAAGGUUUUCCCAUUGGGAGCUCUCAUGCUCCCAAACCAUGCAUUUCUGGAACAACAAAAGAAAGGAAUUUGUGGCAGGCAGACAAUUAUACUGAUGAUACAUGCGAUGCCACUUCUUUGUCUGAUGGGAGCUCUUAUGCUGAAAGUACAAUUUCAACUGACAUUAGAUCUGUUGGGACACAACCAAGCUAUCCUAGCAGCUGCAGCUCAGUGGGUUCUUCCUAUGAUCCGGAAAGUUCCAAAGAAAGUGAAGAAAACUUUAUCAAAAGUUUGCCGAGUGAACUUCGUGAAAGUAAUUCCGCCACUCCUCUGUUGUACACCGUCAGUUUUUACAGGAAGCAAAGACAAGAAACAAAGACGCCUCCUAUGAAAAGUAUCGUAAGGAGAGAGCAAGUUUCUACUCCUUCUGCUGAUAAUCAGAAAGAUUCAAUUCAGGAAGAAAUCAAGAUUUAUCAAGAAGAGAUUGUGAAACAACAAACCAUUAUUGGACAAACUAGUCAAGCUUUGAAUUUGUGCCAUGCUACAGCGGAAUUCUCUGGUUCAACUGAACAAGUUGAAGGAGAAAGGCUUCUACUCAUUGCAACUCAAAAACGACAAGCUUUGCUAAAUGAAAUACAACGAUUGAAAACCCUUGGAGCUGAAGGUGAAGUACCUGAUGGUACUGGUACUUUAACUAUAUCAGACCUCCAGCUACCUUUAAAACAAGAAUUUUUAGCUGCACAAUUAGAAGGAAAAAUAAGACCAAACUCACUUUGCACUCAUAUUUUGAUGUCUUGCACUUCUGGGUGUCUUGAAAUUAUAGAUGAUGCAGUUCACUGGUUCUUGUGCUUGAUACGUCAUGGUGCGCAGGUGAUUGUCACUCAAAUGAUGUCAACAGAUGAGAAAGUCACCAAUGGUGCCCUAUGCUUUACUAAUCACAUUAAGCUGCAAAAUUUGCCACCUGAUUUUUCGAUCGUGUUUGAAGUCUACGCGUUGCAAACAAAAAAGGAAAGUCUUCCACAUGAUAAGAAAUAUCACAUUAAACGAGAUAAAAGCACACUGCGAUUGGCUUCAAAGGGUAAAAAAUCUGAUGGCAAACUUUUGCUACCAGCUAUUAGCAGUCCUGGUGGUCCUAAUGCUGUGAGAUCUUCUAGUUUUGGGGUGAUAGGCUUUACCAGAUUUAGCAUUCAGAACUGUAACAAAAAGUGUUUCACUUUGGACAAAGUACCUUUUUCAUCACCUCUAGAGGGAAUUUUGAGAGUCAGGCUUCAUCUGCAUGCUGAGCAUAAAGUGAUGGAGAAAGGAUUUUUGACUAUGUUUGAAGACGUCAGUGGUUUUGGUGCUUGGCACAGAAGAUGGUGCGCAUUAAAUUCACAGCAUCUUACUUAUUGGAAAUAUCCAGAUGAUGAAUGCAAAAAAGAACCCAUAGGAUCUAUCGACUUGAAACAGUGUGUCACUGGUUAUGUUAAACCAGUGUCCAGGGAUAUUUGUGCAAGGCCUCAUACCUUUCAACUUGUCACUAUAAGACCUCAAGAAAAAGGAGAUAAAAAUACUCUUAUAUCUUACUGUGCCAACACUGUAACAACCACCAAGCACCUACUUGCUGCUGAUACUAAAGAAGAAAGAGUUCUUUGGUGUGAUAAAUUGAAUGAAGCCCUAUCAAAUGUCAGGAAAUGGGAUCCACAUGCUUUACGUCCAAAAGAGACCAAUCUUUAAGAUUUUUUACUUUGUAUGUUCGUGAGUGCAAUUGAUGUUUUGUUUUUGCCAUCAAACUAAUGCUUAUUUUAUAACUGUUAGAUUAUAUUGUAUAUAGAAUGCAGCUUUUAUAUUAAAAAAGGCUACUUUUAUGUAGUUUGCUGAAAAAAAUGAAUUAUUCUUAAAUAUUUGUGUAUAUAAUGUAUAUCUAUAAUUGAAUAUUAUGAUACUUAGUAUUGUAAUCAAUCACUGUGGUCUUAAGCCAAUCAAAUGUUUUAAUCAUAAAGUGUAUUUUU